GGGCAAGCGGCUUUGUGUGCCCCGUUCUCAUUGGUCGACUUACCGACCCUUCAGCGCCGGGCUGUGACUAUGCCAGAAUGGGAGAGUUCCCCCAUGCAGCCUAGCGCCCGAGAUGGCGGAGAAACGCGACCCCGGGCAGGCACUCACCGCCUAGGGGAGGUCUGUUUACCUGACAACCAAACCAGCGUCGGUUGCUAUGAGAGUUGCUUUGAUGUGUACAUCGGAGAUUGGGCCGGCUUGCAGUUGACGCCCCAUGAGCUACCGUGCCUUGCGGCGUGCAUCUCCACUCUGAUGUUUUCUUGAUCUAUCCGUACUACUUACUUAUUUGAAUGAUAAUCUACUCCGGAGUUCAACCGCCUUUUCCUCCUUCCUUCCUGCCUGCCUUGCCCCAUCGCCGUCGCAUUGUUGUGAGCCCUUGGUUGCCCUGCCCGGCAUCCAUCUUCCUCUUUUGCUAGCAAGCGUAUAGUUCUGUCCUUUUUUGCUUCUUUCACGGUUUUCACGUCAUUGCUCUUUCUGUGUGUUUUGUUUGCUACCCUUGCGCCAUCCCUCGACUAGAUCUACAGCUCUGGUCGUUUGCUUUCUCUGUUUUUGUUUUGAUGAAUUGAUAUGCCUUUACGACUUUGAUUGACGAACAUUCCGACGCACAUUCCAACAACACAACCCACUUCGUCUUUUGCAAGAUUGACGACAGUACCUCCACCCUAAGACUAGGUCUUAAUAUGCAAUCGCAUACGCGCGAAGGUUCCCAGGAUCGGGAGCUAGUUCUAAGACGUCAAUCAGUGCCCAUGUGGGACAGUUCAGACCCUGAACGGGCGCCUCCGCCAUUGCCAAUGAAUCCCGGCUCCACGAGUCCUGCCACGAAGGGCAAUGUCUCCCCGGGCAUCCAAGCCGUGGCGGCUAACUUCGCGGAGAAGAUGCGCGAAAACGCACCCAGCCCGUACACGACCAAUCCGAUGCCGAAGCCAUCGUCGCCCGAGAAGUCCUUGAUCAAGGGUCAAUUCCAUAAGCGAAUGCAAUCGUUCCAGAACAACGACCCUCGGUCCGAAUUCCUGAAUUACCUGGAAAGCAGAUCCCCAGAAAGGCCGCUGAAGGCGUCGAUACUGGAUCCGAAUACCAAGCAACAGGAGAAGAGCCCGACGAAGUCUAGCGAGGAUCAGGAGAACCGAGAUGCGGAUCGCGAUCUUCCCAAUCUCCUCAUUUCAAACCGCUACCUCUCGAAACCCAUUCUCGGCGAAAGCACUCCUCCUUCAGCGACUAUGCUGGCCUUGCAGAAUAUGCAGUUGCCGAGUGAAAGCGACGUGCACCCGCCCACGAAGAGCGAUGACUCCGACCCGUUUGUAGUGGCUAGUGACCCCAAUCCAUCUAGUCUCGACUCUUUAUCGACCCAGAUUCACAGUCUCACGGACAUCGCGAGUAAUCUGCAACGAGAGAUGGCACAGCUAAGCCGUCGAAGCAAAGAUAACGCCACGGACCUGGUCAGCCUCAAAGCCGCAACCAACGCCCGAGAUGAAGACAUUCGAAAGAGCCUUCGCGAUUUGUCCUCUAGCUUGUCUGAAAAGUUUCUAGAUAGUGAUGCUGCCAUAAGGUGGGAUUUCAGCACUCUCCUGGGAUCUGAUAAAGAUAUUAACAACAGGGACCCGGACAGUUCUCCGAACUCGAAGAAAAGUUUCUCAGCCCCCCGCAUGCAAAGCCCCAACCCUUUCGCUGCAGCGAUGGAGCGUGAGAUGUGUGGCUCCCCGGCACCGAUUUCUGACGGCUCUGCCAGCAUUGCUCUGUUGGAGAAGGUCCUACGAGAAAUGGCCACGAAGGAAGGUCAGGAUAAGCUCGUGGAGCUGGCGGAAGAACUGAAAGCCAGACCGCCAUCCGAAGAAUCUGGAGCCGAGGCGUCUGGUAGUCACGUUGACAGCCAUGUCAUGGAGAUGCUCGAAGAAAUCCUGAACGUUGUGAAAGAAGAUGCGGGGCAUAAGGCACUGGUGCCAGCGCGACUCAAUUUCGAUGAUGGUCCGAUGCCGCAACGCUCGCACUCAGACUUCACCGGCACUCAGUCGAGGUCUUUCAAUGCGGAGCAGGGCUUUGUGUCCGAAAUGGACAACAUGGAAGGAGUCAAUGGCAGAGGUCGUUCUUUGAUUCCGACCGAAAAUCAGGAAGACCUGCUGGCUAUCAUGAAAAGAGUGAGGAGCAGUGUUAUCGAGGGAGGGGGGCUUACGAAUGAAGUGAAAGCUCUGGUGCGAGAACUCCGCGGAGAGGUUCUGGGAAUGGGCAGAAAUCUCGCGCGCCAAUUUGAAGAGGCACAAGGGCCCCGAGCUCUGGAAGGCGGGCCCAACGGCCCUCCUGGACAGGAAGAAAUCGCCGCGAUAGUUGACGAUUGUCUUAACGACCUAAAGGAGCAGCUUUCAUCGAUACUCGCCGAGAACCAGCGUCACUCGUCUGCUCUAUCAGAAUUCCGCGCUGCGAUGGACAGUUCGGCAAUCUAUUCGAUUAUCAAAGGCGCUGUCGAGGACCUCGAUUGGUCGCAGCUGCGGAAUGCACCCCAAGGAAACGACAUGCAGAAGGAGGACAUCCUCGAGACGAUCCGAGAGUGUUGGGAAACUUACAAGCCUGAGAUCGAAUUACAAAAUUUCGGACUGGAGCGUGAUGAAAUUCUGGAAUGCCUUGCAGAAGGGUUGAAGGAAUAUCAGCCGAAGGACGAGCACGCAGUCACGUACGACCAAGUUCUUGCAGCUGUACAAGCAGGAAUGCAGGACUUUGCACCUCCUCCCAGCAUAACGAAGGAUGAAAUCGCACAAACUAUUCGGGAAUGCUUCGAAAACAGUCAGCCCGCACCUCGGUCUGUCGAGCCUGAGCAUCUGCAUUCGAUUCGGGAUGAGAUACUGCACGCAGUGACCGAAUCAAUAACGCCCAGCAUUACCCAGGACGAAAUCGCACAGACAAUUCGAGAAUGCUUCGAAAACAGUCAGCCCGCACCUCGGUCUGUGGAGCCUGAACAUCUACAUGCUAUCCGAGAUGAGAUACUGCACGCAGUUACCGAAUCGAUAACUCCCAGCAUUACCCAGGACGAAAUCGCGCAAACGAUUCGGGAAUGCUUCGAACACAACCAGCCGACAGCUCGCUAUGUGGAGCCUGAGCAUUUGCAAACUUUUCGGGAUGAAAUACUGCAGGCAGUUACCGAAUCAGUUACCACACAAAGUACGCUCACCAGGGAAACGCUCGACUCCGGCCUAGGCAGGGAUGAGAUCCUGACCGCGGUAUCGGAUGGAAUCGAAGCACACUUUACGGCGGCCAAAGAAAUGGACACCCCUCACAUCACAAAGGAAGAUGUAACCAAUGUGGUCAAUGACGCAUUUGCUGCCCAACAAUCUGUGGUCAGCGCUAACACCCAGCCAUCUAUCUCGCGCGAUGAUAUCUUGAAUGCCAUUGCAGAAGGCAUGGAAAACCAGAACUCUAUGAUCAGGGAAAUCGAGCUGAACAAGGACGAUCUCAUGGAGGCUAUCUCGGCUGGACUCCAAGAAGCACAUGCAGCUACCAAUAAUGCUGUCGGCGAUGAAAUGCUAGGACGCCUUCAGGAGCAGCUGGAGGCAAUGAAGGAAGAGACACAGCAACGCUCUAUGUCUAAUGAGCAGGACAAAUCGCAGGUUCUGGACGCAAUCAAAGAUGGAAUUGCUGUCGUGCGUCAGGAAGUUGAGACUUAUGCUGCUGCCGCUUCAGAAGCCGCGGGGAAACAUGAGAUCAUGGAUACGGUCAAAGAAGGAUUUCGCUUACUGCAGGCCGACAUGGAGAAGACCAUUACAGAAACCGCUGUCUCCCACGGAUCUGGUGGCAAUCCUGACACCCCGGAGCUUCUUGACGCGAUGGAAAAGGAAUUCGAACACCUUCGAACCAGUCUUAGCAACAUGUUAAUCCGAAGUAAUGUAUCUGCUGAGAAAGACGAAAUCCUUGACGCCAUCCGCGAUAUAUCCGAAAGCCAGAAGGCCGAGAGCACAGGGAAAAGCGGCAGUACUGAAGAUAUUGCCGGACUUAUCAAGCAGGAAUUUGAAAGUCUUCGUGAAUCGAUGAACAUGAGUCUUGUCCCUGCACAGGAGCCGAAAUCUGACAAGGACGAUAUCAUUGCCGCGCUUCGUCAGAGCCUUGAAACUUUCCACACUGAAAGAGAGGCCCCUAAAGAAGGCGGCGAAAACGUCUUUUCCACCAACGAGCUGGUUGACGUUUUCCAAGAUGGAGUUGGUAACAUCCGGGAAGACUUGGCCAAACUCAUCGAAAGACCAGCUGCCUCGGACCAUUCAGAGCUCCUCGAAACCCUGAAAGAAGGUCUCAGCAGUUUGAAGGCAGACGUCGAGACUCUGCGCGAGUCACCAAAGGGUCCCGAAGAAAAUGAGACGACCAGGGGAGGGGAGCUGAUGCUUGCCAACGAACCGAACACAAGCGCCGACAUUGAAGGGCUUAAGGAACUGAUUUCCCAGCUUCAAGUCAAAGUCGAGGCUAUCGAAUCAACCCCGCGGGCGGCUGAGCCAUCUGCGGAUGCUCUCAAGAAGGAGCACCUCGAUGAUGUCUUGGCAGGUCUUCACGAGCUCCAGGGUUCUAUUUCAGGAAUUGUAGCCCGCGAGAAUCCUGCAGACGAGACGACAGCCAAGAAGGAGGACACGGAUGCUAUCGAGACCUUGCUUCGUAACACGAAGUCUCAACUUGACGAAAUGACGUUCCCUGCCCCGGACGAAAUAGCACGGGCUGAGCAGCUCGGAAGCUUGGAGGCCAUGGUCAAGGAAACCAAGGACGCUAUCUCUGAGAUGGGCACUCGCUUGGAAGCCGAGGGUCCAACGAAGGCUGAGAUCGGAACCCUCGAGACCCUGAUGAAGGAUAUGUGGAUUGCCCUCGACGAAUUGAAGGGUAAGGGGACAGAGGAGGAAACCGACAGUGAAAAGCUAGUCAAGGCCGACCUGCAGACGGUCGAAGCGAUGAUCUUUGAAGUCAAGACACAGGUGGACGAGCUUAAGCUUCCUGAUGUCGAGACUCUACCGACCAAGACCGAUUUCCAAGACCUCUCUGCCCUUGUUGCUGAAUUCAGGGAGAAGACGGAAGCCGAGAACGAGAUGACGGCCCAAGGCUUCGAAGCACGGAAGGUGGAACACGCCGGUCUAGCUGAGAAGGUUGACGAAGCUCGGGCGGUCGUUGAGGGUCUCGGAGACGAACUGAAGAGCAAGCUCGAUGGCAGCAACGAAGGUCUUUCCGAGCUGAAGCAACUUCUGGAGGGGCUAGCAGCCUCUGCAGAAAGCUUCACGACGGUUGAGAAUGUCAACGAACUCACAGAACUGAUCAACCGGGAGUUCGAACGCGCGCGCGGCGAACAGGACGCGGAAAAGCUGGAGAAGGAGGAACGGGACGCUGCAGCUGUUGUGAAACAUGACGAGACCAGGGCCGCUAUCAUUGUCGAGCUGGGCACCAAGAUCGAUGAGAAGCUUGGCGAAGUCAUCGGCAAAUACGACGAAGCUCAAACUGUCAUGGAAACGAAGUUCUCGGACUCUGCUCAACGUGACGAAGCUAACCUCGAGGUGGUCACUAGCACCAAAGCGCUGGCAGAAGAUAUCAAGCUCGUCAUUGGAUCGAUGGGCAACACUGUCAACGAGGCCUGCGAGCGGAUGAGUGUCGAUACCAAGACCAUCUUUGAGAAAGUCGAUACGUCGUACAACAAGAUGGAGGAAAUGCAAAACGAGGUCAAGACACAGCAGGAACAAGCUCGGUCGGACAUUGAAAGAGCCGCCGCUGCGACUGACCGUGUAGAAAGCAAGUUGCACGAGUUCCACCCUCAGGUCUUGGAGUCCAUUCAAGAGAUUCUUUCCAUUGUUGGUCAGCAUUACGACCACUCUCAGAAGUCUGCUGAAGACCUGAAAAUGGACCUUUCCACUCUGCCUUCUACAAUCCCGCAAAUGCUUCCUGCGUUACCGCCGCCCGAACCGGAAAAAUACGACGACAGCCAAGUACAUGAGAAGUUGAACAGCAUCCUCGACCAUGCCAAGAAUGAAAAGGUGCACGAAACACUCAACAUCCUUGUGGAGCGUGUCACGAAUGAUCAAGUGCAUGAGAAACUCGACCAGCUUUUGAGCCAGACUACAAGUACAAAUAGCGAGAUGUACGACAAACUCAAUGAGCUGCUCAGUCACACUACGGGCACCAAUGGGCCCGUACACGACAAACUCGAUACCCUCAUUGGUCAUGCUACCAACACUGAGCAGUCGGUCACGCAGAUGAUGAAACUGGACGAAAUGCACAAAGACAUCAUGGAAACAUCCCGCAAGAUGAACGAGAUGUUCACGGCCCAGUCGGCGAUGGUCGCUGAUGACACCGAACGGAGACGCAAGGAAGCCGAGGAAGCCGCGGUUGCGCUUGAGCGACGUAACGCCCAGCGAGACCAAGUGGAAGCUGAGAUCGUUACUCUCAAUGAAGAGAAGGAAUCGCUAUUGAAGAUGAUCAGCAGCCUGAAGACCGAAAAGGAGGACCUUGUCAAGCAGAACACCAAGCUGAACAAGGAGGUUUCUGGUCUGGAAAUGGCACUCGAGCUUCGUCAGGAAGAGAUGCAAGUCAUGGAGGACCGUGCAGACAGUUUGGAGAAGCGCAUCCUGGAAGGCGUUCUCGAUCAUGCCCGCAGCGUGCUGCUUAGCCGCCCCAACAACAUUCCGGGUUUGAAUAUGAAGAAGGCUCGCGGUUCUCGGGCGCGAGGGCCUAGUGCCGCUAGCAAUGCCAGCACCGCCAAGGACAACCGCAGUAUCCUCGGCAGCAGCGUUGGGUUGGCCCUGAAGAAACGAGGGCAAACUCCUUCACAGGGUAGCUCUGUGGCUCCAUCCAACGCCAGCAAAGAAAGGCGGAUUCUGAGUCUGAGUCACGUCACGGGUAACCGGGGCGUUUCAGACCGUCAAGCCAGCGGCAACAGUGGCUUUGCCAGCCUCAAGCGCAGUCACUCUGUCAAGUCCAACUUCUCCCAACGCAAAGCGUCAUGGGGCGGCCGCAGCUCGGUAGCAAACAAGGAGAACGAGGUUUUCCCAGAGGAGGAAGAAAACCAAAGCGGUGAGGAAAGCGACACAGGUACGGAGCGAAGAACCAGCUACACCGGAACCUACACGGACAGCAUGGUGUAUGGAACCGGCAGCGUUGUCUCCACUGAUCGACGAGUGAGUACCGCUAGCUCCACCCCCGGGGGAGCUGGAGCGGACCAGCAUAAGGAACAGGAUGAGAACGAGGAACCGGGUGCAGAGGAGGAUGACGAUGCUCAGACGACCAAGGGAGACGAACCUUCACAUGACCGAGAUGUGGGAGACCUGGACGCUGAGGCAUCCAAGAUGGUACUCUACGGCCAGCAUAGCGACAGCGGACUCGGCCCAGAGAUCACGAGUGCCGUGGGAUAAACACCGAAAUGAUACCCUCCGUCACGUUUACGACCCGAAAUGAUCGUGUGCAGCAGCAAUCUGAUGCCAAUCCUUCCCUGUGAUAUUCUUAUACCACCUCUGUUCCUUUCUGGCAUGUUGAUAUGUUUUCCUCUUCUGAUGUCUCUUUUAGUUUUCUUUGAGCCAGGCACCCGAUUCAUGUCGGCGUUGCAGUUCUUUUCUUUUGUGAUUUCCUUUGUUUGCAAAUUAAUUUUAUGGUUCAAUUUCCUAUGUACAGAGUCCCAGUGAAUUACAUGAAUAAUGAAUGUCUUCUAUCCUUCC